GCGGAAGUGCUGGGCUGUAAUUCGGCCUGCGUGUGAAGAUGGCGGUGGGUCCGGUGCUGUGGGCGCUGCUGGUGGCGGGGGCGGCGGCCGUCGCCAUGCCCGGUGGCCUCUUCCCGGUCUCCGUGCGGGACCCCGGGGUGCUGAACGCCACCCGGGUGGCCGAGGAGGCCUUCAACCGCCUCUCCAAUGAGCUGCAUUACAGCGCCGUGGCCGAAGUGGUGUCGGCCCAGACACAGGUGGUGGAGGGGUUACUGUACCACAUUAGAGUAGUGCUGAGAAGCACUACCUGCAAGAAGUCAAGAAGCCUUAGGAAUGGUUUUCAGAAUUGUCGCUUCCUCAAUGAUCCUCGCUAUGCCAAGAAACGAAUCUGUGACUUUAAAGUCUGGAGCCGCCCGUGGCGCAAGUUAAUUCAGGUGACCAGUCAGAAUUGCUCCGUGGUAACCGAGUGACCGGACCGCAGGAUCCUGCGACACACGCUGCGUGUAUAAGUCUGCUAAAGCAAUAUUACUAAUCACUGGGUCAGCCCCAGUGACCUCAGCAGGAUACUACUCUUAACCUAGCACUUUACCACAGCCCUGGGCACCCACAUAGCGGCACCUCUACACUACACACACGUGCGUGUGUGCACUUGCUCGCUCAUAUUUCCAGCGCCAAUACCUCCCCACGUGCGCACACACACCCCCUUACCCACCCUCACACCCCCUUACCCACCCUCACGCCAUGUUUGAAUUGGAACAGUUCGUGCUCAGCACAGACUUGGCAGGCCGAAUGGCCUGUUCCUGUGCUGUGCUGCUGUAAGUUCUAUGUCCAUUAGCAUGUCCUGUUCCAUCUCAUGGGCUGAGCUAUUACCAACUUAAUUGUAUUAUUAAAUAAUCUGCAAAUGUCAAUUUUCUAAUCAAAUAUUACUUUACACAAUAAACAUUGCAUUAUCAA